UUUCAACAUUUAAACUGAAAAUUGAAACUAAUAUGCAGUGUCUAAUUAUUAAAAGUUGGUGUAAAAACAGCUCAGUAACCGUGUUCUCACUGUAGGUGGCGGCAGCGAGCAGUUCUCGCGAGAUCCCACAGAAUUCCACGAGCCAGUGUGAGCUCCCUCCGCCCCCCCUCGCUCCGUUGGGAGAGAAGAAAAUAAACCUAUUGCUGCUAACCAGGCUAGUUAUGGAACCAAACUCUCUACACUCCUUUUGCCAACUGUGACCGGGCAAGAGAGACUUCCCCUGCAUGCAGCGUCUCUGUCUGGGAGUGGAGAACGGGAACGGUGCGGAUUUUCCCGAUCUUCUCUGUUUUAAAAAGUCAAGUUGAAGACGCCAGCCAGGAGAGGCUUUUCAUUAGCUAGCCUAUCUGCGAGCUAGCUAACUGAGCUAACCGUAGCCUAGCCAAGGAGCACUGGAUGAAGUUCGCAUGGACUGGCUGCUGCGAAUGGGAGAGUAGCCUCCUGCCUGACUGCAAGCUUUUCCUUUUCUUCACAUGGGGAGUCUGUCGUUACUUAAUGCACACUAUCGCCCCGGAGCCUGAAGGCGAUAACUGUGCGCAAAUGUUUUUGCGGCUUACGCCAUCACAUUAUUGAUCUGGAAAUCCACUGGCAAGCUAACAGGAUAUUAGCCACCUUUCUCGCCACUCCGCUUUGUGGUUGCAGGCCAUGGACUGAAACACAUUCAUCACUGACUCGAGUGAUGGGAAGGCUGGCUUGAUGGCAGCUAAUUAUUUAUUGGGAAGCAGCAAUUGGAUACAGCUAAACGGAGAAAAGUAGGGUUAGAUUUGAGAGCUCACCCUGAAACAGUUACAACUCCUGUUUACUCCUUUUUUUCUUUUCUUUUUUUUAAACUCGAAACUUGAAAUGCAUCGGAGUGCUGGAGCUUUUUCAAACUUGGGAUAGAAGAGACGCACAAGAAAACAGCGGGAUCACAACUCCACUGCUGCUGAAAGAGAGGUCCUCCAGAGAGAUAACUGCAGAGUUUUUUAAUUCAAAGAAAAGAUGUCUACCGCUAAAGAAAACCCCUGUAGGAAAUUCCAGGCGAACUUCUUCAAUAAAAGUAAAUGUCAGAACUGCUUCAAACCCCGGGAGCUGCAUCUGUUGACGGACCAGGAUUUGACCCAGGCUAAACCUAUUUAUGGUGGAUGGCUAUGCUUGGCCCCUGAGGGAACUGACUUCGACAAUCCUAUGCAGAGAUCCCGGAAAUGGCAGAGGAGAUUCUUUGUGCUGUACGAACAUGGCUGUUUGCGCUUCGCCCUGGAUGAAUCGCCGAGCACGCUGCCUCAGGGCACCGUCAACAUGAACCUCUGCACGGACGUCAUCGACGCCGAGCCCAAGACGGGCCAGAAGAACUCCCUGUGCAUCAUCACGCCAGACCAGGAGUACUUCAUCAGAGGGGAGAACAAGGAGAUCAUCAACGGGUGGAGCGAGCAGCUGGUGGUUUACCCCCGAACCAACAAACAGAACCAGAAGAAGAAGCGCAAGGUGGAGCCGACGACGUCUCAGGAGCCGGGUCCAGCCAAGGUAGCGGUGACCGGCUCUGGGAUCCCUGAGGCAGAGAAGGUUCCCGACUCCAGCUCCAUAAUCUGGCAGGAGGAGCUGAACCAGAGGGAGGCUGAGGGGGCUGCAGUCUGGGCCGCUGCUGAUUUGCCUCCAGGAUCACCGCUGCCCUCCACAGGUGACUGUGCGUCCGUGGGUCACGGCUCGGAUGCAGGCUCGGUGAACGGCGAUGAAGUGGACCGGGGAGGCCUGGCGCUCCACAGCGCCGCACCCCAGCCGCCCAGCGACCUGCUGUCCCCCACGGGCUCCUGCUCUAGCCUGGGAGGGGUCCCACGCUGCCUCUCCCCAGCCCCCAGCGACCCCUUUCCCUCCGGCAGCUCCCUGCUCUCCAACGGAUCCCACAUCAGCGGCUCGGUCAGCUCCCUCGACUCGGACGCCAGCGGCAGCACCGUGACCAGCACGGACAGUCACCCCACCACCCAGAGGGGCGGCCAUUCCUUCAGCCACCACGACGCGACAAGAUCCAGACGGCUGGAGGCCGAGGCCAGGAAGGCCGAGAAGAGGAGCCGGUUCAGGAGCCCCGACAGGCAGGAGAGGGAGGCCGUCCUCAGCCCCGAGAGGAGUCGCUCCGGUGUGAUUGAGAAGCUGGAGGCUUUGGAGCUGGAGAAUCAGGAGAAGAUGGAGGUGGAGGAGUCGGGGAGGAGCGGAGCCAGACAGGGCCGAAGUGAACACCGACGCUUCCACCGAGAGGAGCAGAGGCAUGACGCUGGUCAGGGCCUGGACUUCCCCUCCACCCUGCCCCCUCUGAGGAGAGCCAAGUCGUUGGACCGGAGGACCACGGAGUCAGUUAUGACACCGGAUUUACUCAACUUCAAGAAAGGUUGGAUGGUGAAGCUGGAUGAACAAGGCCAGUGGAAGAAAUACUGGUUUGUGCUGACAGAUCACAGCCUGCGAUACUAUAAGGAUUCGAUCGCAGAGGAGGCCUCUGACCUGGACGGUGAGAUCGACCUGUCGACGUGCUAUAAUGUAACCGAGUACCAGGCUCAACGCAACUAUGGUUUCCAAAUACAUACGCAGGAGGGAGUGCACACUCUGUCCGCCAUGACAGCAGGUAUACGCAGGAACUGGAUCCAGGCGGUCAUGAAGAACGUCAGACCAUCCACUGCCCCUGAUGUGGCGAGCUCAACCGAGGAUCAUGGCUCCUUCUCUCCUCUGGAAGGUCUGGUCAGGCCAGACGUCACCCAGGACUCACCCUCCUCCGAGGCCUCCUCUGUGGAGAGAGAAUCCGCUCCGGGCGUUAUAAAGAGCCGGGCACGCGAGCGAAGACGAGAGGGCCGCUCGAAGACUUUCGACUGGGCGGAGUUCAGACCCAUCGCCCAGGCUCUGGCUCAGCAGCGGGCGCAGGAGGCCGAGAGCCUCCAAGCGGACUUGGGAGAGCUCGAGCGGAGCCGGAGACGGGAGGAGAGGCGGAAACGGUACGAGUCGGUGACCAGCUCGUCAACGGAGCCCACGUCCGUUAAAGAAGGAGGGAGGACGGACUAUGAGAGCGGAGAGGGAGUCGGACACUCAGACUCAUUAGGUCCCAUGUCUUUGGAGAGGCAGCAGAGGGUUGAGGAGGUGAUUGAACAACACUGGCGACAGGUGGAGAAGACGCCCAUACGGGAGGAGAGGAGGGUGCCUCUGCCCACCACAGUGCAGUCCAGAGAGACUGUAGAGCUGGAGCAGCUGCUGGAGAAUUACAAGCAGGGGAUAGAAGACCUGAAGGCGCAGUUGGAGAGCUGUCACCAGCAGCUCCUCGACUCCAACAAGCACAAGCAGGAGCUGGAGCUCCAGCUGAGAACAGCUCUGGAGAGAGAGCAGGACAUCCGGACGGGUUACAUCUCUCCGCUGGAGCACCCUUUGGGUCUGGAGGCUGAUGUGACGCCCCAGACGAAGAGGCCUGAACUGGUUAGUUCUCAAGCACAGAGUUUAACAAAGAAGUACCAGGAGACCAAAGAGCUCCUGAAACUGCAAGAGUUGAAAAAGCGCAAUAUGCAGGCACAGCUUGGCCUCUCGCUUUCUCAACUCCCCAUCAAGGAACCUUACUUUUCUGAACCUCAAAAACCAUCUAUUCUGGAAGGCCCUCCCCCUGAACCUGUCCAAAAAACAGUUAGUUUCUUGCUUCAGGACAGCUCAGAAGCAAUUCAAGAGCUAGAAGAUUUGAUAGCUGGUAAACCCUUCACUCUAAGAGAGCUGGGGAAAGUGUUGAAAUCCCAUAGUUGUAAUCAAGAGACAACAGAGAAGUAUCAACUUCAGAAGCUCUUGGAGACCUGGAAGUAUCAGCAGGAGUUAGAAAAUGAAACAAUAAAAAAGAGUUUAGCCAGGGCAGGAGAAAGCAUCCGUGAAUACGAAGCUCGGCUCCUAACCAUGGAGGAUUUGGUGGGGAAGGUUCAGAAGCAAAGUUUUGAAAGUCUGAGAAGCCCCUACGGCCCCCUCUCAAAAAUUGAAAACCAUUCAGAGACAAACGAGAUGACUAUUGGAAUGCUGUCUCAGAGGGUUGAACUCUUAACGAAUGAAAACGGGGCUCUGAAACAACGAUGCCAGGAAAUCGUGAACCAGCUGACCGAGGCAGACAGAGAAAUAGACAGACUGAAAGCUGAGCUGAUCAGCCAGCAGGGCGGCAAACAGCAUCAUCUGGUCAUGGAAGAGCUGAAAAGACUGAAGGCUGAGCUGGCUGAAAACCAAGCCAAUGCCAUAGACAGAGAGUAUUAUGAGAGGGAGCUGAAUGAGAAAUCCUUAAGGCUUCAUGAAGCUCUGGUUACAUUGGAGGAGCUCGGCAGCACCCUUAAAGACACUGAGAAGAAGCUGCAGCUGAAAGAGGCCACGCUGAAAGGUCUGGGCUUCCAGACAGAUUACGAGGAUGAGGAGUUACACCCAGAGAAAGAGCAGCUCAAAGGGCUCCUUGAAGCCUCACAAGCAAAGUUAUCUGAGAUGGAGGCAAGCCUGCAAUCUGCAGAGCAGCGCUGUAUGGAAAUGGAAGCUAGGAACAGUGAACUAAUUGCACUAAACCAGGAAUCUGAGGAAGUUAGUAGAAAGAAGCUAGAGGAAGCAGAAAAUGAAAUAAGAAUGCUACGAGAGAAGUUAGAAAUGAAGACAGAUAGAGCAGAUGAAAUGACGGAUAGUGAGUGUGUUGAAGCAGGAAAAAAGCAGGUUGACAAUAAAGGACUUGUGAAGCAAGUAGUAGAAGAGGUUGAGAUAAAGACUGAGGCGAUUAAUCAGGUUGUAGAGAUGUUAGCAAACGUAGAUGUUAAUGUAGAAAGAAUGCUCAGUGAUUUAAAAAGCACUUUAUUCGGUUCUUCGAUAGAAGAGCCACUCUGUGUGAGUCCAAAAGACAUGAGGUUGGUGGUCGAGGGAGAGUUCUGGAGCCAGCUGUUGGGCAACUCUGAAAUAAAACCAGAGGAAACCAAACACAGCUGUGGGAGGAGUCUGGCAAAGCAGAUGAUGGCAGAGAAGCAGUUGAUGAUCUUAUCUAAAUUUAGAGGGAUUUGUGCACAAGCAAAAGCUGAAGGCGAGGUAGAGACCGAGCCAGAUUUUGCAUCUAUGUACAGCUGGCUUGACAAUGAAACAAAUGCUCUUAUCCUUAAAGAGUUAACAGAGACCUUGGAGGCAAAGUCAAGUGCUUUGAAGCAGAUUGCAUCAAGGGUAAUGCAGGAUGAAGACAAUGAACUUCUGUCUUUGGCUCUAGCAAGCUUUGAGUUUGGUAACAAGCAGAAACAGUCAUAUCUGCGUAACGCUCUCAAAGAGGCAUACAUGUCUUAUGUGAUCAUUAGGCUGAAGGUUCAGCAUGAGAAAGAGAUAAUGCAAAAGCAGAUGGAAGUUCAGGUUGGUAGCUUGGACUGUCCAAAUUGUCCUAAAUUAAGAGAGGUUGCCAGUGAUCUCCAGUCUAAACUAGCAGAUCUUCAAAGCCAGCUGUCUGAGGCUUCUUUGAAAACCGCUUCAGGGCCACAAACUUUGAUCCAGAUUGAAGGAGAGCCCAUUGACUCAUUGGAUAAAACCAUUGAGCUUCAAGACAUGAUAGCAAGGCACAGGAAGGAGCUUCGAGAGGUCAAAGAUUGCUAUGAGGAGGAAGCUGAGAAGAUGAGGCAGGAAAUAGCGAAAGCCAGUGAAACCUUGCGUCUCCGUUCAGAAGAAAACGUGAAAGAGAUCGACUCAUUGACAAACUGCAUGGAGAACCUCAAAAAGAAGCACGAGAUGGAAAGGACAAACCUCAUGGAGAGGUUUGACCGGGAAAUGGAAGAGCUGAAAAGCAUGAUGAGUCCGGUCAACCCAGACAGGACCUCAACCGAUGAGGAUACACCGUCGCAUCACGCUUCAACCCUGAAGGAGCGGAUUCAGGAGCUGGUGACCCAAGUCUCGGUCAUGACUGAAGAGAUGAGACGGCGCGAAGAGCAGGGCGACAUUACAACUCAGCGGCUGAAAUACGAGAAAGACCUGGAGAACCUGAAGGCCACCUGUGAGAGGGGUUUUGCCGCCAUGGAGGAGUCCCAUCAAAAGGUGAUAGAUGAGCUGCAGAGGAAACACCAGAGAGAGCUGGAGAACCUGCAGGAGGAGAAGGAGAGGCUGCUGGCAGAGGAGACGGCAGCCACCAUCGCUGCAAUCGAAGCGAUGAAAAACGCCCACCGGACAGAGCUGGAGAAGGAGCUCGACAAGGCUCGUAAGGCCAACAGCAACGCAGAGAACGCCGACAUGGAGGAGAUCCACAGACAGCAUGAGGAGGAGCUGUGUUCGUUCCAGCGGGAGAUCGAGGUGUUGUCGGAGCAGUAUUCCCAGAAGUGCCUGGAAAACGCCCACCUGGCUCAGGCGCUGGAGGCCGAGAGGCAGGCCCUCAGGCAGUGUCAGAGAGAGAACCAGGAGCUCAACGCACACAACCAGGAGCUGAACAACCGCCUGGCUGCAGAGAUCACAAAGAUGCGUUCAAUGACGUCUGAGGACGGAGUAGGAGACACAAACACCACAAUACAGGGGAAAGAGCUCUACGAGUUAGAAGUGAUGCUGAGGGUGAAGGAGUCUGAGGUCCAGUACCUGAAGCAGGAAAUCAACUCCCUGAAAGAUGAACUCCAAGCUGCCCAAAGAGACAAGAAAUAUGCAACAGAUAAGUACAAGGACAUCUACACGGAGCUGAGUAUCGUCAAGGCCAAAGCAGAGCGGGAUCUGGGCCGGCUCAGAGACCAGCUGCAGCUGGCACACGAGGCGCUCGGGGAGUCGUCGCUGGAGGAGGUGGAGCGAGGGGGAUACGAUAUCAUGAAGUCCAAAAGCAACCCUGACAUCCUCAAGAUGGCAGCUGCUGCAGCCAAACGGUCAGAGCGGACCAUGAGGUCAAAGAGUCUAAAGGAAGGGCUGACAGCAGAGCAGAGACUCCACCUGUUUGAAAAUAAAGACACGAAGGAGUUCUGACAGUGACGUCCGAUCACGUCUACCGACCUUGCUGCAUGUUUAAAGCCCACUAUAUUUUAGCUCUGUAAUUACUUAUUUAGUAACACUACACACUGGUCACAAACACAGAUCAUAUAUUAUUAAAAAAAAAAAAACAUGGUAUGAAGUUUGAAUUUCAUGUCUAGAGUUUGCAUUCCAUGCACUUCAGUUAACUGUGACAUUUUUUGUAUUAUUUUUUGCUGCCAUGUCUUACUGUAAAUAGUGUUUUUAAUUGAGCAUCUGCCAUACAUACACUAAAACUAUGACUGUGUAAGCUACUGUUUUAACUCCCUAGACUGUUGCUAGCCAAAGGCAUAAAUGUGAUGUUUGACGGCUAAAACGCUACAUAUUGACGAGUGAGUAAUACUUGCAUAACAAAACAAAAAAAAAAAAGCAUAGGAAUGAGUCUGGCGUUCAGGUGUGCACGUUAACACUCUGUCACUCCGUUAUCAUUCCAGCACAGAUGGAAGUGUUGCUCAGUAAAACAAGCUAUGGAACUAAAACUGCUCGUCUGCUCGUCUUAGAAAAAAAACAACCUACCAUGAUGCUUCAUCGCCUGACUUUAAAUUAACAUCAAAGAUGUUCUCUGUAAUCUGAGAUUUGAGAUGCCCGUUUAAGGGUGACAGCUGAAUGCAUAUGGAUGGGAUUCACUGACUAUAAUUUAAAUAUAUAUAUAUGAAAAUUUAUAUAGAGUUUUUUUUUUCCCCUCCUUACUGCAAUCAUUGGUCCAGCUGUAUAGGAGUCGUUGGAGUUGGUUUAUGUUUGUAGUCUUGUUCAGUGGCAGUCCCUUUGUAUUUAUUUAAAUGGUUGGGAUUUUUCUUUCACAUUCCCAUUCCUCUGUACUCUAUUAUUGUAAAUAUAAAGCAAAUAUACACCGACUGACAGGUUUAUUAGCAAUAAAUAUUUUUGCACCCUC